AACUGGCAAAAUAACAAAAGUUCAAAAAAUCUAAAAAGUGUAAACUAUCCCCUCCUCACACUUCAAUAACGCAAGGAUCUGUUACACCUGCCAAUAUGAUGUUUUUGGGUAGAAUUUUAACCUUUUGUUUCUAAAGCCACCAAAACAUAUGAACUGAAGAUGUAAAACCAUAAAUGAAAAAGAAAAAAUUAUAACAAAAAUAUGCAAAAAAAAGUUUUUACAUGCAACAUUAAUUGAGUACAACCCCUUACUUUCAAAUGUAAACUUGGCACAACACAAAUUUCAAAAGAAAUAAUUCAUAACAAACAACAAAGUUUUCAAUAUACAAAAAUAGAAACCAAAAAAACACCUUUAUUUCCUCCACUUAAAUGUAGUGGCGAACAGAAGAAAAACUUUUUAUUAACAUCUUUACAAACAUACAGAGAACUUUUGUAUUAGGAAAUAUAAGGAAGAUUAUGCCGGAGGCAAGUUAUAGACCUCAAUAUGCUGAGACUACAACUUUGUUGCAAAAUCAAAUGGAAACAAAAGUAACUAAAACAUUAAGGGUCAUUGCACAAGUCAUUCUCACAGCAGACACACAAACAUUUUAUAAUCAAACUUGUGGUGGCGGUGAAGACGAUGUUGAUGCUGCAACAACAUCUUGUUGCAGAAAAUGUAAACAAGACGAGUAUAAUUCUGCUAUAAAUACUAGAAAGGACAUUUGUGGACGAAGUAAAAGAGACAAGGAGAAGGACAAAUAUAUAGAAGAAGAUAGAGAAGGUGCCAAGAAAGAAAUAUAUAUUUGCAUAAAACCAAGAAAUUGCUAUAAACAAAUACGAACAACAAAAACAACAGCUACAAAUAUAAAUACUGUAGAUAGCAAUUUAAAUUGCAAAUGCAAGGGAUUUCCCAAUAACAACGACAACAGUAAUGAUUGCCAGCUAACUAACAACAACAGCAACAACAUAAAUAAUAAAUUCCUAAACAGUAUUAUUAGCAUUUUAUAUUGUAAACAAUUUAAAAGCACACAACAGCAACAGCAGCAGCAGCAAUUUUAUUAUACACAUCAUUACUCAACAACAAAUAAAACAUGUCUUACUCAACAGCAGCAUACUUUUACUGCUGCCUCAUCACCCCCACACAAAUCCCUCCUAAAUUAUUCUUAUAAAAUGUCACAAUAUUUUACAGAUCUCUUUUACUUUGUUAAAACUCUACUCCUAAUACUCACUGUUAUUCAAUUGCCCCAACAUCUGGUAGAGGCCAAUUGUCGCUAUGAACCCAGUCGCUCGUGUGAGGCAAUAUGUCAACCCAUCUGGUCGACAACGGAUAACAUCAUCAACAACAACAAUAAUAAUAAUUAUCAAUCAACUGUAUUAGCAACAAAUAAUGUGACAUUGACGAACUUUUUUCCCGCCGAUUACAAUUGUACAAUACGUGCUCUCGUUCUGAUGCCCGAUGACGAUGGUUACGUGGCAUCAUUGAAACGUGUCGUACCAAUUUUACAAGUUGCAGAGCAGCGUAUACAUGCUAGUGGUUUGCUGCCAUCAUAUAUACAGUUCGAUUGGAUGCCACAGGAUGAUAAAUGUGAUGCAGCUUUUGCUGCUGUUAAGGCUAUGGAUGGUAUAGUGAAAAAUUGUUCACACGUGUUUUUUGGUCCCGUUUGUGAUUAUUCAUUGGCUGCUGUUGGCCGUAUAGCCAAAUACUUCAAUAGCAAUGGCACGCCCCUUAUAUCGGUAGGUGGAUCCACAUUUGAUUUUGAAAAACCCAAAACAAAAUGUUCGGAUGAAUUUUAUAUGCUAUUGCGUACGGGUAUGUUAAGUUUUGAAUCCAUAUCAGAAUUAACAAUAUCGGUAAUGAAAAGACACAAAUGGUCACGUUCGAUUUUCUUUUACGAUGCUGAUGGUCAACGGAAUGUUGCUGGACAACAUACCUGUUAUCUUAUGAUGACCAGUCUGGGCAAACAAAUGCGUAAUGAAAAUAUGACUUUUGCUCAAUAUCGCAUUACAGAAAAGUUGAAAAAUCGUACAGAAGAAAUGACACGUGAAAUUGGUAAUAAGAAUUCUGUUGUUAUAAUGUGUGCUGAUCCUCAGUCGAUACGGCAAAUUAUGUUGACAGCCGAGGAAUUGAAUAUGAUUGACAGUGGCGAAUAUGUUUUUAUUAAUAUUGAAUUAUGUCAGAUUAAAGCCAUUGCUGCUGCCAAAUAUAAUUAUACUUUUCAAGAUGAUGAACCAAUAUCGGCAUUUGUCACCUCAUUCUUUGAUGGUGUUCUUCUAUAUGCGAAUGCUUUAAAUGACAGCAUAAGAGAAGAUCCCUCGGUAUUGACACGACCCAUUAAUGGUACCGAUAUGGUAAGACGCAUGUGGAAUCGUAGUUUUAUGGGUAUUACCGGUAAUGUGACUAUCGAUGCAAAUGGUGAUAGAAUUUCAGCAUAUUCUUUAUUGGAUAUGAAUCCGACGACGGGCAGAUUUGAGAUAGUGGCUCAUUUUCAGCAUAAUAAAUUGGAAUAUGUACCGGGAAAGGUAAUACAUUGGGCUGGUAAUAGAUUGGAUCCACCGUUAGAUAGGCCAGAGUGUGGUUAUGACGGCUCAUUGUGUCCGGAUAAUUCUCUUCCCGGCUAUGCCAUACUCUCCAUAGUACUCGGCGCUGUAGUCGUCAUUAUGAGCGUUUGUUUCUUUUUCGGCUAUCGUCAUUAUAAAUCCGAAGCCGAAAUCAAUUCUAUGGCUUGGCGUGUUUCCAUCGAUGAUGUUAUAUUUCACAAUUCGGCUGGCCGAUGUUUUCGUGGUUCCUUACAUUCCCUGGUCAAACACAGCUCACAAAUGACCCUCAUGUCCGAUGAUAUGGGCUCGUUAAGUGGUGAUCGUCAAAUUUUCAUACCCGUCGGCUUGUUUCGUGGCUGCAAAGCAGCUGUUAAAAUUAUCGAUGAACGUAAUAUAAAUCUAACACGUUCCCUUAUGUUGGAACUGAAACGCAUGAAAGAUUUGCAACAUGAACAUUUGGUGAAAUUUUAUGGCGCCUGUUUGGAUCCGGCAAAAAGUUUCAUAUUAACCGAAUACUGUCCGAAGGGUUCGCUGCAGGAUAUUUUAGAGAAUGAUCAAUUCCAGCUGGACUGGAUGUUUAAGUUAUCGUUAAUGCAUGAUAUCGUUAGAGGAAUGCAUUUUUUACAUAAUUCCGAUAUUAAAUCGCAUGGCAAUUUGAAAUCAUCGAAUUGUGUGGUGGAUUCGAGAUUUGUUUUGAAAAUCUGUGAUUUUGGUUUGCAUACGUUGCGUAAAUCAAACGAUGAUAAGCGCAGUGAUAUAGAGAAUUGUAAUAGUUAUGCAUAUUGGAGUAAACUAUUAUGGACAGCCCCAGAACUCUUAAGAUUGGAAGGUAAUCGUCCACCCGAAGGUACACAAAAAGGUGAUGUCUAUUCAUUUGGAAUAAUUGUACAUGAAAUAACAACGAGACAAGGACCCUUUUACUUGGGUAAAUUAGAGGAGGAGAAACCGCCACAAGAAAUAAUUUAUUUGGUCAAAGGUUACCCGCAUACAGUACAAUUUCCUUUUAGGCCACAGCUUGUUGAUAUACCAAAUAAUUAUAAGGAAAUAAAUACGGUGAUGCAGAAAUGCUGGUCAGAGGAUCCGGCAGAAAGGCCAGAUUUUAAUGCUUUAAAAGCCAUUAUAAGAAAUAUAAAUAAGGACAACGAAACUGGCAAUAUAGUUGACAAUCUACUCAAACGUAUGGAACAGUAUGCCAAUAAUCUAGAAGAAUUGGUAGAAGAACGCACCCAAGACUAUAUAGAAGAAAAGAAGAAAUGUGAAAAAUUACUUUAUCAAUUGCUGCCGCAAAGUGUGGCUGCCCAGCUGAUCAGUGGCCAACCAGUGGUGGCUGAGACUUUCGAUCAAGUCACUAUAUAUUUUUCAGAUAUAGUCGGUUUUACGGCUAUUUCUGCCGAAAGUACACCCAUGCAAGUGGUGCAAUUCCUUAAUGAUCUCUAUACCUGUUUCGAUUCCAUUGUAGAGAAUUUCGAUGUCUAUAAAGUGGAGACAAUAGGUGAUGCCUAUAUGGUGGUUUCGGGCUUACCCAUACGCAAUGGCAAUCAGCAUGCUAGAGAAAUAGCACGUCUAGCUUUGGCUUUGCUGGAGGCAGUGCAUAAUUUUAAGAUUCAUCACAGACCCAAUGAUCGUUUAAAGCUACGCAUUGGCUUGCAUACGGGCGCAUGUGUAGCGGGAGUGGUGGGCUUAAAAAUGCCUCGAUAUUGUUUAUUUGGUGAUACGGUUAAUACCGCCUCAAGAAUGGAAUCGAAUGGUGAAGCUUUAAAGAUACACAUAAGUGAGAAAACUAAAUUAGCUUUAGAUGAGUUUGGUACUUUCAUAACCACCAAACGGGGUUAUGUGCCCAUGAAGGGUAAAGGUGAAAUGUUGACCUAUUGGCUGGAGGGGGAAGUGCAAAAAGUAGAAUCACCCAUUUCACCCCAGAAGUUAAUGUUAUCCCGUAGAUCUUCUUUGAAACAGGUGCCACGCUGUGGCUUGCUGCAUAAACAAAAUUCCGAUGCAGCACAAUUUCUGCCGCCCUAUCAGCUGCAGCCACCACAGCCAAACCUCGAUAGUAGACAGAAUUCACCAAAUUUAAGAGUAAAACGUAAGAUUUCCUCUUCCUCACCCAAACUGAAUGGCAGUGAUUACAAGACUGAUGAUUUAUACAAUUAUCUGGAAGCAAGUGCUAAAGGUGUUGCCAUGAAUACAAUCAAAUUACCCGCAAAUGAUAUUUACAGCAGCCGUUCUCUACGCGACGAACCCAAAGAGGGUUGUUGGGAAAUGGCCAAUUUUCGUUUGCCCCUAUCGGGCACUUUAAAGUCCCACAAUAGUAACAAGCAUAGCUAUACGCAAUUGUCCUCAACGCUAUCAAAUUCCAAUUUAACGGGACUCUUGCAACCGGCAGCCUCAAGAUUGAGAUUAAAGAAUUCACCCACCAUAACCAGCCUAAUGAAUACUAGCGAAACGGCCAGUUUAAAUAGUGCAAAUCGUAUUAAAUUUAAUCUUAGUGAAAAUCCCGAAGAAACACAAACUCUCGUAUCUACACAUGUCUACGAAGACGACGAGGGUGAGGCGGAGGCUGAAGAAACUGAAGAAGAAUUAGAUAGUACGAUUAAAGCUUUAAAUGGCGAUAAUUAUUUAGUUAAUCAUAAAACCUAUAUGGACAACAAUCAUCAGCCGCAGCAGCAUUAUGUCGCGACGGCUUCACCACAAUUAAACAAUUGUCAUAGCUCCUCUAGUCAAUAUCAAAAUCUAGUUAAAGCCAAUAAUUGUAGAAAUUUUCAAUUGUUACAAACUCCCGCCAAUGGUUUAGAUAACGAUGACAAUUUGUCCACAAACUCAAAUCCCAAAACUGUUUUAGAGGAAGUUACCAACGAAAGAGGACUAACAACAGGGAAGAAUCAUCAGCAUCAUAAUAAUCAUCAUCAUCCAACAACAGUUAAUGCUGUUACCCAACCCUUACUGACUAAAAUUAAUUCAUAGUAAUAGUUAUGUGAAAAUUAUGAAAUCACUAGCGUUUUUGUUGAGAAAAUCUAAAAGUUUGAUUACAAAUGGCGAUUGAAUAUAAAAAAGCUAGACGCUUUAUAAAGAAAACAUUAGAUCGCUUAAGAAAGAGCAGAAAUGUUAAAGAAAAUUGUUUUUUUUUAACGAAGAUUUUUACUGUCAUUUCAUGCUAAAAGUUAGAGAUAGCUGUGUGUCGCUAAGUGGCUGUGGUCUCAAUUGUAAUCAAACUUUAGUUGAAAAUACAACUCUGUAGGCUUAAGGGCAAUAGAGUGAUGCUCUUAAAUUGGAUUUCUCUUAGAGUUGUAUUUUUUUAACUUAUUAGUGAUACUUUUAAGUUUAAUCUAAUUAUAGAAGUUAUUUUAUAUGACCUAAACACUCUAUUUUAAAAUAAUAUAGAACAAAAUAAUCUUAUAUCUUAAAACUGGUAAAAUUAAUAAAUUUUUAUAAAA